AUGGAGGACAUGGACUACUGUGCUGAAUGGAGAGCUACAAUGGUGAACAUUGACAAAGAUAGCUGUCCGCUAAUGAACGUUGACAGUGACAGAGAUGGCUCCCCACUAAUGAACGUUGAUAGAGAUGGCUCCCCGCUAAUGAUUGCAGAUGGUUCUUGUGAGGUUGCAGCCACAGAGACGCAGGCUGUUUCUGUACCUCCCGGAACAAAUUCCCAAACUCACACUGAUGGAAAUCUGCUAAACCGGAAAAGGAAGGACAUAUCUUCUGGUUAUGGCUCAAGACUCCAUUGCGAAAAGAAAAUCAAACAUAGCUAG